CGAGCCGAGCGCUUGUGCGUCAUACCAAAGAACUCGCGCAUGAAGAAUAUUUCUACACCGUCUUGAAAGAGGCAUCUGGGCAAACAGUGAGCACAGUUGGAAAGCGCGAGAGAGAGAGAGAGAGAGAGAGAGAGAGAGAGAGAGAGAGAGAGAUAGAGUGAAAAAAAACAAAUCUUAACUACUCGGGGUGUGCCACAAGGUGAAGAAUGUUUUAAAAUCUUGCCAAUAAAGUUGGGUUUCUGUAGUGAAGUGCAACAGUACUUAGCAUAGCGAUACAGUGAACCGAAAAGAAGAUGUACUUCGAGGGUAAAUACCUAUGCAUUGUGUCGUUGGUGAUCUUCUCGAUCAGUGGCAGUGCGUAUACCACGCAGCGUACGAACGAUGCCGUGACUGACGAAGGCAGCCCAUUCUUGGAUAUGGCGUCCGAGUUCUUGUCGACGUUGGGAAAUCAGCAGGGUGGCGGUGGUGGUGGAGGAGCUGCCGCUGGGCUUUCUGGGAUCGCUUCUAUGCUGCUGCCAUUGAUGGCCAACGCAAAUAGUGGUGGUGGUGGUGGGAAAGCCGCCGGAAACGAUGGCAUGGGAGCGAUUCUGUCGGGAAUCGGUAGUAUGCUAGCUGCCGGUGCAAACGGUGGCGGAGCUGGUGGUGGUGGCGGUGGAGGCUUUGAUCCUGCACUGAUCGGAAAUGUGAUUCAAAUGUUCGCCGGCGCAGUGGGCAGCAAUGCUGACGAUACUGCCGAUGAGCCUGUCCGCCGUCAGCAGCAAUCAGGCGGCAAGCGGCAGAAGCGUAAAGCGCCUGCAGAACAAGCCCAGAAUCCGCUAGUAGAUACAGUACUUACGAUGGCUUCGAGCUGGCUAGCCAACUAUAAUAACGUCGAUCAGGAUCGCGACUCCUCUAACGGGGGUGGUGCCGAUGCGCUGGUUAACUUACUGCCAUUGGCGGUGCAAGCCUUCCAAUCGUUUUCUGGCCCGGAAAUGGAACGUACACAGGCGAAGCAUAAAGAUCACUCCUGGGUGCUGCCACCGUUCCUCGAAAACAUGCACAUCAUGUGGGAUCAGUUCACGCAAUCCGAGCUCGCGGAAGCGCUUUGGAUGAAGCUGGGAUUGCACACCGUCUUUAAAGGAUUCGUCGGACGGGACGGUAAGCUGGAUUACGACAAACUGUUUCAAUCGCUGCAAAACCAGUCAUUCCGACGGCGCUGGAUCAAGGCGGCCACCAUUUAUCUAGCCGAGUGGGUGAACUACAUCGCCAACCCGGAGGUCUACCAGCGAUACGUGGCCACUGGUCAAAUGAUGGCAAAUGGGUUCCUUCAGUCGCAGGGUUAUCCGAAACAAACGUUCCUAGAUAUUAACCGACCGAGUGAAACGAUCUCGAACUUAAUCGAUCACGUUGCCAAGCGCCAUCUGGCGGUUAAGAUUGCUUCCAUCCAGUACGUUAAACCAGCCGUGAACUAUGUAAAGGAUUUGCUGAAGCUGGGUAAAGCUAAACAGUUCCUAACACAGUACAACGUAACCGAGAUGACGGAUAAGCUGACCGAUACGCUCAAUCUUGAGGUUAUUGAGCCAGUGCUGAAGGUGCAUCGUGCCUAUCGACAGGCGAUCGUGACGCCUCACUGCGACAAGUACAUUCUGUGCGAGAUCAACUCACACGAUCCGAACGAAAAGCUGGGACUCGGCGGAUUCAAGCAUGGUGUGACUAAGUUUGGCAGCAUGGCAGCCUCAUGGUUUAUUUCGCAGGAAACACGUACACCCUUCUGGACGCUGUUUGCCAUUAUUAACGAUCCACAUAACUGCGAUGUAAAGCAUCCGGUAGAUUGUGCGGAAUAUCAUGAGAGUGAAAACCGUGUCACGACUGAGUAUCCGCACAGCGAGCUGUAGAAGGCCGUAGGCGGCCGGUAGUAGAUGAAGACGCCGAGGGAAACGAGCGGUGCUCGGUUCUGUUGUUACUUUCGUGAUGUCAAUUGCAGCACAUGCUGUAAUAUUUCCAUUGCCGGAUAAAACGCUGCAUUGUUGUGAUUGGCAAAAUGAAAACCCCGAAAAAAACACGCACAAACACGUGAUUGUUGACUUAAAAUCUCACAAAAAUCCUAGUGAUCUUAAUCUACUAUGAAAUAGGCGCCAAAGCGUUUGCUAGAGCAGAGCCUCUGUCGUCAGGAUUUGAAUUUACAUUCGAAUAGAACCAAGCGUGUGCAUGCAUCGAAAAGAGCAAUUGAUCGUGCGUAUGGAUAGAAUUAAGUCAGGGAAGUUAUGCGUUCUUUUAACAAAGGGAGAGAGCAAAAUAUUACAUUUUAAAGACCGGCACAAAAUACAAGCUUAAGCCGUAUUGGCAUUACCCGUUCGGUCAACCUAACGGUGAAGCGUUAAGUGCACAAUGCCGCGUUGUACGUGAUCGAGAUUGAUGAGUGUCUAACGGUUGUUAGUCGGCAUGGAUUCUUGAUUUGCGUGAGCCUAUUUGCUUCAAAAUUUUCAAACGUUUUCGGCGAUUAAGUUAGUAUUUUAAUGUACCCUCACUUUCAGAUCGAUUUGAUUUUCCGCAUUUAAGAAGCAGAAGUGCAAAAAGUAGUUUUUAAGCUAGAGUAAUUCAAUGGUUUGAUACGUGCUGAGAUGUAUGCAACAUAGAUCGAACUAUUUCGGUCCUGUAAUAAUAUACUUAUGGAAAACGGUUUUCCAGUAUAUGAUCGAACUUUUUUUUCGAUAAAUGGUA